UUUAAUUAUUACUUUUAUAAUUUGAUAGAUUAAACAAAUCAUGCUAAAAUUGUCAUUUGACUUUUAAUGUCCAGUACUAUUUGCCUAGAGAUUUUAGCAUCAAUGCAACCUUUAUCAAUGUGUUUUUUUCUUCUAAAUAAUGGAACAAGGUAAUUUUUCUACAAUGUAUUUAAAUGUUAUUUACAUACAUUCUGAUUUGACAGGGAAAGGGGUGGCCAAACAUCAGGCGAAAGCAAUGGAAUGGUUCAGAAAAGCAGCAGAUCAGAGACAUCCUCAUGCAUCUUACAAUCUUGCUGUGGGACAUCUAAAGGGAUUCAAAUCUAAUCUGAAACCAGGGGAGGCCCAUCAGCUGAUUUCCCAUGCUGCCCUCAAAGGGAAAGUGAUGGACAAACAUCAAGCGAAAGCAAUGGAAUGGUUCAGAAAAGCAGCAGAUCAGGGACAUCCUCAUGCAUCUUACAAUCUUGCUGUGGGACAUCUAAAGGGAUACAAAACUAAUCUGAAACCAGGGGAGGCCCAUCAGCUGAUUUCCCAUGAUGCACUUAAAGGGAAAGGGAUGGACAAACAACAGGCGAAGGCAAUAGAAUGGUCCAGGAAAACAGCAGAGAGGCAUACUAAUGGAACAUUCAAUCUUGCUGUGGGACAUCUAAAGGGAUUCAAAUCUAAUCUGAAACCAGGGGAGGCCCAACAGCUGAUUUCCCAUGCUGCCCUCAAAGGGAAAGUGAUGGACAAACAUCAAGCGAAAGCAAUGGAAUGGUUCAGAAAAGCAGCAGAUCAGGGAGAUCCUCAUGAACAUUACAAUCUUGCUGUGGGACAUCUAAAGGGAUUCAAAACUAAUCUGAAACCAGGGGAGGCCCAUCAGCUGAUUUCCCAUGAUGCACUUAAAGGGAAAGGGAUGGACAAACAACAGGCGAAGGCAAUAGAAUGGUCCAGUAAAACAGCAGAGAGGCAUACUAAUGGAACAUUCGAUCUGGCUGUGGGACAUCUAAAGGGAUUCAAAUCUAAUCUGAAACCAGGGGAGGCCCAUCAGCUGAUUUCCCAUGCUGCCCUCAAAGGGAAAGUGAUGGACAAACAUCAAGCGAAAGCAAUGGAAUGGUUCAGAAAAGCUGCAGAUCAGGGAGAUCCUCAUGAACAUUACAAUCUUGCUGUGGGACAUCUAAAGGGAUUCAAAACUAAUCUGAAACCAGGGGAGGCCCAUCAGCUGAUUUCCCAUGAUGCACUCAAAGGGAAAGUGAUGGACAAACAUCAAGCGAAAGCAAUGGAAUGGUUCAGAAAAGCAGCAGAUCAGAGACAUCCUCAUGCAUCUUACACUCUUGCUGUGGGACAUGUAAAGGGAUACAAAACUAAUCUGAAACCAGGGGAGGCCCAUCAGCUGAUUUCCCAUACUGCCCUCAAAGAGAAAGGGAUGGCCAAACAUCAGGCGAAAGCAAUGGAAUGGUUCAGAUAUUUCAGAAAAGCAGCUGACCAAGGGCAUCCUCAUGUACCUUACAAUCUUGCUGUGGGACAUCUAAAGGGAUUCAAAACUAAUCUGAAACCAGGGGAGGCCCAUCAGUUGAUUUCCCAUGCUGCAUCAAAAGGUGAGAAGGAGGUCCACCAAGUUCUGAGCGAAAUCUGUAAACGUGGAGGCUGUCAGUAGUCAAGGAGUUGUCAGAGGUUACGAGUAGUCUAGCAGUACUUCUCUGGGCUGUCAAUUAUCCAUCAGGACCUUACUUUGGCAGGGAUUUCUAAAUUAAAAUACUUUUUUUAAAUAUUCGUUGGAGGAGGAGUUUUAUAACAGUAUCAUUCAGUUUUUUGUUUGAGUGGAACUAACAUAAAAUAAAACUAUGGUUAACUAUCACAUCUUGUGUGUUGUAAAACCUAGAGAAUCUUUGCUGAUUUGUAUAUUAUUACAUUGAUUUAUUUAUGCUUUUUCAUGUUUUAAUGAUUAAUUUAUUAAAUCUGCAGAUUGUAAAGUUCA